AUGCCGCUAAUCUCACCACCACCUCCUGAUCCACAAGAUCUCCCAAAAUUUGAUGGAAACCAUCUGCGUGAAUGGAUUCGUCGCUGCGAGCAGUUCUUCGACCGACAUCACACACCUCCAGAACAGAAGACCCAUGUCGUUUCUCCUUACAUGGUGGGUAAGGCUCUUCAAUGGCAUCAGAAAUUUAUGAGAGAACAUUAUGGUACUUUUCCCUCUUGGAUAGAUUUUGCCAUUGCUAUCUUUGCUGAAUUUGGUAAGAGUGAUGAUGAUCCUAUAUCUGAGCCUGUGAAUCUAAAACAAUCCAGUGAUUCUGUAGAAGUGUAUUUGGGUAAAUUUGAAUGUCUUCUAACCAAGAUGUCGUUGCCUAUCCAUCACGCACUCACCAUCUUUUUGAAGAAUAUAAGUCCUCCUUUGGCUUUGUACGCUAGAAAAUUUGAUGUCACCACAGCUGCUGAGGCUGCUAGGAUGGCCAAAAUAUAUGAAUCCCUACAAUACCCACCUAUUAGGCAACCUCAAGCUCCCUUCAAUCCAUCUCCUAAGCCUAACACUCAACAACAUCACAUUGCAUCUUCUCUUUACCAAAACUCAAAUGCUAUAUUGAAGACAAAGUUUGCAGGGGAGGUAAUUACAGAUAAAUUGAAGGAAGGAUCUAUUCAUCAGAUCCAGGAGACUGCUGUCACAGAGUAUGAUUCAUAUUCGGCUAAACAAAGACGCCAAGAGGAGACUGUAACCUCUGAUGUUCAAGAAAUCGUUGCCGCUGAUGUUGGAUAUGAAGGAAAGCUAUCCAUGGAGACUAUGCUUAAGAAUAAAGCUUGCAGAUGUAAUGGCUGA